AUGCCAAAUGCAACUCGUGGGCGUGGCCCGCAUGGACGUGGGCCUAGAGGCGGACACAGACGAGGCGGGUCUUCAUCUGCUGGCCGUACUACGUCGACAGCAUCCAAGCGGUCUGCACCAGCACCGAGCGAUACCGACAACGAUCUGGAACUCGAUGUCAGCACUGCGUCGACCCAUCAGACUCGACGCAAGAAAGCACGCACCUCCGAGGUAGAUGCUCAGGAUACUGACUCGGAUUUCAAUCUCGACGAACCCUCUGCUAGUCCUCCGAGUCCUGCUGUCACUGUGCGCCGUACAGCACGCCAGACCGAUCCUCAUCCCGCGUGUUCGGCCGGUCUCCACAAGCGGUCCAAGACUGAGAUCGCAGAGGUCGCAGAGAGGAAACGAGCUGAGGAUCAAGCUGAGGCGGAUGCCCGUGAACAGGAAGCCCGCUUGCUCGAGGAAAAGGAGGACGCAGGCACAAAAACGAUUGCUGCACUACAGGAUCGGCAUGCCGAAGAGGAGGCUCUGCUUGACGAGGCGGGGAUGCCACUUGAUGGCUACGAGUCGGACGUCAACAUGGUGGAGCAGGAAGAGGACGACACCGCAGCCAACGGCGAUAAGGAGCAGAGUGAGGAGGAGCGCAGUGCGUCUGAGUCUGCACCGCCCGCGUCAAGACGCAAGGACAAGAAGCGCGAGCGCGUGGUCUCUGUGCUCUCUGCUAUCGACUCUCACCGUCAACUCCCACCUCCCGCUUCGCCUCCCGCUUCAUCUCGGUCAGGAACUCACAAGUCGAAGGCAAAGACAAGCGCUGGCAACACCGCGAAAUCUGUCAAGAGCAAACAAGCAUCAGCGAAGACAUCUGGCCUUAACGAAGACUGGCGGGCCAUCAUUGAUGGUGCCGGCCUUGCACGCCAUGACGAUGCCACCAUGUCCACGAAAUCGACCAACGCACCGAAGAAGCGUCACGGUCGCGCGCAGGGCAAGAAAGAUUCAAAGGAGGAGAGUGCUGUGCAGGAGAGAGGUCUGGCCGACAGCGAUGUCGCUUUGAAGAAGGAGGACAUGGUGGUGCUUCGGAAAUCGCAAGAACAGUUCGUGGAGAUCAUCGACUCGGACACCGAAGUCCCUACGCCUGCGAAAGCAAAACGGGCGCGUCGUGCUCCCGCCGAUAUACCUCAAGAGAAGUCAAGAGGCGCCGCUGCCGUUGUCCCCGCAGCGAUAUUCAGUGUCUGGUUCACGAAGAUCCACCCGACGCUCAUUGAACUCUAUGGUUCACUCGAUAACCCUUGGGACAUCAGCCUCGACGAUGUUCGUGACAACAUCAAAGCGAUUCUAGCCCAGGUCUGUCCGAAGUUCCGAAUCACUGACCUCACCGAUACGCAAUUCAACAAGUUUGUCGAGCAUUGUGCUACGAAGGUCCGUGACUGGCGCAAGGGUCUCCUCCUGAAAGCGAAGCGACUCGUCGAUGCGGACCUCAAGCGCGUGGACGGCGGAAAAGCAGGCCGUGCAAAGCACGUCAAGGACGCUCUCGAGCCUCAUGGAGCAGCAUUCAACAAUGUAGUCGAUGGCAAGGCCGGUCGCAUGAAAUCCGUGUACAUCCUCAAAACGUUCGCGAAGCACCUCAAGACUAUUGAAAACUCGUGUAUGCACCGGCCGCGCCCUAGUGGCGCUCUUGCGCUGUGUUACGCCGCAGUACAGGCUUCGUUCGAGCAAUGGCAGUCUGGCUCGGACCAAGGCACUCCGGCAUGGGACGGUGACGCCGCGAGAGACUUGGUCCUCGGCGCAUUCAGGACGAACAUCGAGUGGCUCUCUCGUCAUACCGAUCAAUUCGACACAAUCAUCAAGGCUGCAAAAGAGACCCAGAAAAGCGAGACGUACCGACAGCCACGGGAGCCGAAGGCGCGGGUUGUUCGACUGUACACACCGAGCGGAUCCGAAGCAGAGGGAGAUGGUGAUGCAGGGGACGAAGGCCAGGGGUCAUCGGGUGAUGGCGAUGAUGACUAG